CUCGCGAUCCUGAGGCAUCCCGCUCGGUUCCCCAUUCUACUGUGUCGUCGUCGGGUCGCCCACCAAACUCGAGAGCAACAUCGGCGAUGCCGGAGCCCCAGAGUGUUACAACCAAUGGCACAAGUCCUCUGGCACCCUCUACCGGUAUCCCCGAUGAUGGCAAUCGUCAGAGCCACCACCCGCAGAGACCAAAAAAGACAUCGAUUCAAGGAUCCACUGGGAUAUGGGUACUUGGAAAGACCAUUGGUGCCGGUAGUAUGGGUAAGGUCAAGCUUGCUAGGAAGUUGGAUACCUCGGAACAGGUUGCUGUCAAAAUCGUACCCAGGCAGGUUAUCCAAGACCAGGGGAUAGACCCGGCGACUGGACAGCCGUACCCUCCUCGUCACGAUGAUAGCAAAGAGGUUCGAACGGCCCGGGAGGCUGCUAUAGUUACUUUACUUGAUCACCCGUACAUUUGCGGAAUGCGCGACGUAAUCAAGACAAACAACCAUUGGUAUAUGCUUUGCGAAUAUGUGAAUGGCGGGCAAAUGUUGGACUAUAUUAUCUCACACGGGCGAUUGAAGGAAAAACAAGCUCGUAAAUUCGGCCGUCAAAUUGCGAGUGCGCUUGACUAUUGUCAUAGGAAUUCGAUCGUUCACCGCGACCUCAAGAUUGAAAAUAUCUUAAUUUCGAAGACCGGCGAUAUAAAGAUCAUAGACUUUGGACUCUCAAAUCUGUUUUCUCCGAGAUCUCAUUUAAAAACCUUUUGCGGUUCUCUUUACUUUGCUGCUCCAGAGCUACUACAGGCUAAGCAAUAUAUUGGUCCGGAGGUUGAUGUUUGGAGCUUUGGAAUCGUUCUUUAUGUUCUAGUCUGUGGGAAGGUUCCGUUUGAUGACCAGAGCAUGCCCGCGUUGCACGCAAAAAUCAAGCGUGGUGUGGUUGAUUACCCUCAAUGGCUUACUUCAGAUUGCAGGAACCUACUCGCGCGGAUGCUUGUUACUGAUCCUAGGAACCGAGCUUCACUGCAAGAAAUCCUGAACCACCCCUGGCUACUCAAAAGCUUCCAGGGGCCUCCAGAGAACUAUCUUCCUCACCGAGAGCCUCUUACACUCCCGCUUGAUCCCCAAGUUGUUCGGGAGAUGACAGGGUUUGAGUUUGGGACCACCGAGACCAUCACUGCACAGCUUUCAAGGAUUAUUGAUUCAGAAGAUUAUCAGAGCGCCGUCCGGAAUGCAGCGAGCAGUACACCCCUAGCAUCACCAAAUCCGGAGAGAAAAAAGGGAUUUGGAUUUGAUUUCUACAAACGACGCUCCUCAGCGAGCUCUAAGGAUACACUGACGAACCCUAGUAGCGAGAUCUUAACACAUCCCAUGCAUCCAGAUCCCAUCAACGCGUACAAUCCACUUAUUUCUAUUUAUUACUUGGUUCGGGAGAAGUUGGAGAAAGAGCGCCCGCCGACAGAUCCACCUGCGCAGCUUCUAUCACCCGCUACGGAUGCCGAAAAAUUCGCAAAGAUGACUAUACCCAAGCAGCCAGAGGCUGCUCACACUAGUGAAUCAAGCUACGAGUUCAAGGGUGAACCUGCGCCUGCUGGUGGAAGAACUCGCCCGAGGGCAAGAACUCAUGGAGACGAAGAGGUUUCUGAGGCGAUGAAAAAGAUCAACCACGGCGGCGUUUCGCCGCCACCUUCUCCGGUCAUCCCUCAACAUGUCAAGGAAGAGGCCGCCGCGACAAAGAAGGAGAGUACUGUUGGCGGGAUGCUUAGGCGAUUUAGCACAAGAAGACAUAAUUCUUCCCGGGGUGAUGCGUCGAGAGCGGAUAUUAAGCCCCCACCUCCACCAACUCUAUCUUUACAGCCGCCAAGUGGCCCUCCACAGGCUGAUAUAGCUCCUCCACGGAAGAGCCUUUCGGUCCGGCGGCCCCCGGGAUCGUCUCGCGGGGAACCAAAGUCUGCUGCCCAGGCGGUUCAACCCGAUCUGUUGACACCCCCGACAACUUCAGACGGGGGCUCAAAGCGGUCAAGCAAGUUGGGUAGAUCUACUAGUGUAUCCGAGGCUGAUUGGCGACGAAGGUAUGGUCGAAAUCACCCUGGUGAUCCUCCAGGUACAAGUGGCUCUGAAAGGUCAAUCUCCGCUAGGGAUGAUGGUGCUGUUAGUGACAGGGGUUCCAGCACAUCAAAGGCUACGACAACCCGAACCAAAUCAUUAAGUCAUGGACGGAGAGAGGCCUCCAGAAGCCGCCGUUCGCGAAAGGACGAGGCUAUCGCCACUCCAUCUGUACCCAAUGAGGCUCCGGGAGAGGAUGGCGCAGACGCAGCCACAUCAGUAGGGAGCGCAGAUGGACAGAACUCUGCAACAUUAUCUUCGGACUAUGUUAAGCCGGUUUUCCUCAAAGGACUUUUCAGCGUGGCUACAACAUCUACUAAGCCUCCAGUUGAGAUCAGAAUGGACAUCAUUCGUGUUCUCAAGCAGCUCGGCGUGUCCUACCGGGAAAUUAGAGGUGGAUUUACCUGUGUCCACAGGCCUAGCAUCGAUCUUAAGAGUGUUCAAGAUAACCCGUCGCCCCAAUCUCCAGAAGCCACCAACAUGGUCACUACAUCGUCUCACCGAAGAAAACUCUCGUUCGGCGGGACCAAUAGCAGCAAUGCGGGUCCUGGAGCAGGACAGCCGUCCCCACACAAGUCAAGUGGAAAGCGUAAUAGAGAACGCGCAGACACUAGCUAUACCAACAGUGACGUCUCCAACGAAUCCAUGCAUGACGGCGUCCUUGGUGGCUCCCUAAUCCUCCAAUUCGAAAUCUACAUCGUCAAGGUUCCGCUACUGGCCCUCCACGGGGUCCAAUUCAAGAGCGUGAGCAAGACGAACACAUGGCAAUACAAGUCCUUGGCUAGCAGAAUUCUCGCAGAACUUAGACUCUAGAAUUACUAGCAGUUUGGCACCUUCAAUCCUAAUUUAGCACUAUCGUUUAUCAUGGUUUUUCGGUUUUCGGGGGAAACGUGGAGGGGGGGUGAUGGUUAGGGUCGGUGGGGUUAGGGAAAAACAGUUUUUGUCUUUUUUUUGUUUUUUUUCUUUAUUCAACUUGGCGGUAUUCGCAUGGUUUAACGUAUUCUCUUUUUUUUUUCUCCUUGGGUUUGUGAAUCGUCUUGUCUCCAUCUGCCUUGCCAGGAUACCCUCCUCUGCGUGUGUUGGAAAUGGCGUCGCAGGGUCUACGCCUGACCAUUACUACCAGUCACUUUUGUCAGUUUUAAGAAUCGUGAUAUCGUGGGCACAGAGUGGCAUGACAUGGAAUAAGUGAGAGUGGGUGUGUUACUCUGUUCCUUUUUUUCCC